AUGGCCGGCACAGGCACGAUUGCCGGUCCCGCUCCUGUUGCACCAGCUAUUACCAUGGAUGACAGAUGCAUUAGAAUUUACUGCAACAUUGUCGGUAACUUGGACCUGAGCCCCAGGGUCAUGCGGUCCAUGCUAGACAAGGAAUGUGACGACAAACGAAGCAACGAGACCUACAGGCAAUUGAUGGAACGGAGGCUUGGAAGAGCUUACGGCAACGGAGAGUGGAAAAAACUGGCAAGCUUUUCAGCAAAUGUUUUAGAAACUUCAACUGAUUCCACCAAGCUAGAUGUCACGCCGCUCUUCCUUCUCUUCACAAAACUUUUCGGUCUCGGCAAGGGCGGCGCCUUCAAGGAUCCUACGGCGCUGCUCGCCAAGUUGGGCGCUGUCAAGAAGCUGCGCAAUGACGUCAUGCACGACCUGGACAACGCAGUCGACGCACAGAAAUUCACUGAAUUGACAGCAGCGCUGGAGGAGCUGGUCCGGGAAGCGGGGAGGUUCUAUGCUCUUCCCCAGGCAGAUGUUGAUGCCGAGGUACAAAACCUCAAUAACGAUAUUGACAAAGUGAGAAGAAUGGACAGCCAAAUCAUUUAUUACUGGUGUGCGAGGCUGGCAUCCAGCGGAAAGAGGGCCAUAAGACUUCUCUGGAAGGCCAAGUUUGAACAUGAAAAACUUUCGCUAAACCAUGAGACGGUGCAACGUCAGGAAGUGUUCCACGCCCUCGACAUGAAUGUGCGAGAAACCGACGGAGGGAAAACUGUUUCCUACACCGAAAUAUUUGAGGCUCGUGAGAAGGUUAUGGUGGUAACGGGCGUCGCCGGCGCUGGUAAAACAACCCUUGUCAAAAAUAUUGUGCUGCAAUUUUUCAACCCCCAACAAACAGCUCCUGGUUACUUGAGGCCGUUUAAUCAACUCAUCUUCUUCGAGUGCAGGGAUCGCACCACACCAACACUGAGUGACGUCAUCCAGCAGCACUACGAAGAACUCUGCAUUGAACUAUUGAAAGAAAAUGUCCUCAUGGCUCUCCUGCGCCUCGAUGUCUUAUUCAUCAUCGAUGGCUUCGACGAAGUCAACGAAAAUUCCAGAAAAGUCGUUCUCGAGAUUAUCAUGAAAACAUGGCGCUCCAACUGUCGUGUGCUGAUCACGACUCGUCCUCAUGCCGUGAAGGAGCUGGCACCGCUGCUGCGCCUGAACGAUGUCAGCUCCACUCAAUACGAGAUCCUGCCGCUCACGAAGCUUGCCGACCAACUUGCAUUCUUGAGGCGAUAUGAAGCGGCCCUGGGCGGCGACACUCUGACUGGGGAGGUGUCGAAGAGCUUCGAGUCGCUCAGUGAAGAUGUCAGAAGUCUGUUUACGGAACCCAUCAACUUGGUUCAUUUCUGCGAGAUGCAUAAGCACUUCCCUAAGGAGAUAUCCUCGUGGAAGAUGCCCGGGGACGUGGCGCCAGUCAAGCUGCGUCUGUACAAGGAACUCAUCCAAACUAAACUUGCGGGUUCGAUUAAUGAGGACUCAGACAUCCUGAUAAAGGAUAUGUUUAAUGCCGUCGGGGCGGCAGCGCUGGAGCUGCUCAACGACGACGUCUUGAUUCUGAUGGAAGCAGACCAUCUUGUCAUCAAGGAGAAGAUUCAGAAGACACCUAAGAGCAAUGAUGAGGUCGAUCCUGCAGCAGUGCUCUCAGUGAUGCUGAAGGAGCACAAACCUUUAUGUUCGAACAGGAGUUCAAGCUAUGAAUUCAAGCACAAGAGUGAGCAGGAAAUGUUCGCUGGUAAUUACAUUGUUCAGCGCAUCAUUGGAGGGUAUGCCGACUCCCUCUACAGCAUCCUGGGAGUCCCUAAGGAGGGAAUGAGUAGGCUGCGGGAGGUUCUGCUGUACGUGGUGGCGGCCCUCAGCAGGGACAGCCCCCGCCACCUCACGCGGCGGUGGCCGCAGCUGAAGGAGGCGCUCUGCUACGCCGGCGUUACUCGCAACGCUGUGAUGGCCUGCGUCGCGAGCUGCCCUAACGCGGGGAUGCUGGGCGACCUCGUCGGCGACGGAAGCAGCUUGCACGUCAGAGAAGAUCGCCAUGUUGAUGCAGCCGUUGCAAUGUUGAGCCUCUCUAAGCCUGAUGCUGUGGAGGUUUACAUGGAGGCCGCGGCCCUGAGGGGGGCGCCGUGGGGGGCGCUCGUGGCGGCGGCGGGGGGCGCGGGGGUCUGGCUGACGCUGUCCAGCCCUGACGCCUACGAACCUCACGACGACCUCCUCCUGCCGCUGCACGACAGCGGGUAA